AGUGAGUGAAAAAGUAGGAGGUGCAGAAGGAACCAAGCUAGAUGAUGACUUCAAAGAAAUGGAAAGGAAAGUGGAUGUUACCAGCAGGGCAGUUAUGGAAAUAAUGGCAAAGACGAUAGAAUAUCUUCAGCCUAAUCCAGCUUCUAGAGCUAAACUCAGCAUGAUAAACACUAUGUCAAAAAUUCGAGGCCAGGAAAAGGGACCGGGUUACCCUCAGGCUGAAGCCUUGCUGGCAGAUGCGAUGCUGAAAUUUGGUCGAGAACUUGGAGAAGAAUGCAACUUUGGACCAGCACUUGCAGAUGUGGGAGAGGCUAUGAAGGAGCUUUCAGAGGUCAAGGACUCUUUAGACAUGGAAGUGAAGCAAAACUUCAUUGACCCACUUCAGAAUCUCCAUGACAAAGAUCUGAGAGAAAUACAGCAUCACCUAAAGAAAAUGGAGGGUCGACGCCUGGAUUUUGAUUACAAAAAGAAAAGACAGGGCAAGCUCCCUGAUGAAGAACUUCGCCAAGCUCUGGAGAAAUUUGAUGAAUCAAAAGAAAUUGCUGAGUCAAGCAUGUUCAACCUUCUGGAGAUGGAUAUUGAACAAGUGAGCCAGCUUUCUGCUCUUGUACAAGCCCAGCUGGAGUACCACAAGCAGGCCACGCAGAUCCUACAGCGAGUUACUUCCAAGCUGGAAGAUAGAAUAAAAGAGGCAUCAUCUCAGCCCAGGAGAGAAUACCAGCCCAAACCCCGUAUGAGCCUGGAUUUCACAACUGGUGACAAUACUCAGCACAACGGAGGAAUAUCCCAUGCCACCACACCCAAACCAUCAGGUGCUCACAUGGAUCAGCCAUGCUGCCGAGCUCUGUAUGACUUCGAGCCAGAAAAUGAAGGGGAGCUGGGAUUUAAAGAGGGUGAUAUCAUUACCCUCACUAACCAGAUUGAUGAAAACUGGUAUGAGGGCAUGCUUCAUGGCCAGUCAGGUUUCUUCCCCAUUAAUUAUGUCGAUAUUCUAGUUCCAUUGCCCAAUUAGGGUUGCUGAUUCACCACCUCUGACCCAGAUAGUUGUGUCUGUACCACUGCUUUCAAAAUGCUGCUUCUUACACCUUACAAGUGCAAACUGCAGUGGUUAGAGUCAUCAAUUCCCACUGAGCAUCUUUGGUUUAUAUGUUGUCAUACUACGUGGUGGUGAUGCAUGGUAUCUUCUGACCCAGCAUCGUGUGGGUUAGUUCAUUGGCCAUGCUGGCCAGGUGGUAACCAGAGCCAUUACUGAGAUGAAGCUGGGAGGGUGAUGGCAACCAAAGCAGGUAACUCAUAGUGAAGUAGGAGAAAGUGAAGGUGGUAUUGGGAAGAUAAUGCCUAUCACCACUGUAUUACUUUGCAGUCUUAAUUGUCUAUAAAAAGAGGGAAAAGUUCUUGCCAUUCCAUUUUUCCCUUCCUAAUGAUACACAGGUCUAACACUGAUUAACCAGAAUUAUAUCUUCCAACCAAACUGGCUUGCUGUUCUCAC